AUGAAAGUUCUCGUCGUCCUUGCUCAUCCUGAGCCCCGAUCCUUCAAUGGCUCUCUCUUCCAAGUCUCUGUUAAUGAGCUCAAAGCUCAAGGUCACCAAGUCAAGACCUCAGACCUGUACUCAAUGAAAUGGAAAGCCGAGAUUGAUCGCACAGACUUUCCUGAUCUAGCAACCGAUGCCCGUCUCAGGGUUCCAUACGCAUCAAGGGAUUCAUACACAACAAAAAGUCUUACCGAGGACGUCAAGAUCGAACAAGAAAAGCUGUUAUGGGCCGACGUCGUCUUACUUCACUUUCCGCUCUGGUGGUAUACCAUGCCCGCCAUUCUGAAGGGUUGGGUUGAAAGAGUGUUCUCUAUGGGUUUCGCUUAUGGAGUUGGAGAGCAUAGCGAUAAGCAUUAUGGAGAUAGAUAUGGCGAGGGAGUGUUUGCGGGAAAGCGAGCGAUGCUUGUCGUUACUGUUGGGGGCCAAAAAGAACACUUCUCGACACGCGGAAUCGCGGGGCCCAUUGACGACUUACUAUUCCCCAUUAAUCAUGGGGUGCUAUACUAUCCCGGGUUUCAGGUUCUUCCAUCUCACGUCGUUUAUCAGACCGAUAGACUUGAUGAAGCUGGCUUUGAGAAGGAGGCGGAGGCACUUCGUGAGAAGCUGAGGCAUUUAGAUAGCAUUGAGCCCAUUGCUUAUAGGCCGCAGAAUGGAGGCGACUAUGAGAUACCCUCUUUGACUCUGAAGCCGGGGUUGGAGGGGAAGAACGCGAGUGGGUAUUCGAUACACAUUCGCGAAGGUGGAGUUGCCAAGAACGAGUGA